UGCUACACACAGUUGUCAGUCAGCAUUGCACAAGAGCGAGCGGGUUGAGAGAUUGGUUGAAUUUCGAGGGUCGAUAGCUCUGCGGCCACGAUGGUGCUUUCCUCCUCAACCAGGGGGGGGGAGGAGGUGUGAGUGGGUGGAAGAGGGGAGGGGAGGAUAGCGAAGGCAACACACCUGUUCUAGAGGAAAUGCCAGCCGAUUAUACUGAUACAACAAAUAAGGAAAAUGCGCUUCGGUCAUGCAAAACGAAUGCUGUUGAUGUAAAGGAAGAAAGGGAAACGAAGGGCUCGGAUCAGGCGAUCGAGGAGGGAGGAGUUGACGGAGGUACGACGGAAGGAACACAAGGCUCCAGGAGGACAGAGGGCUGUCUAAAGCGGUCGAGCCAUGUACACAGAUGGAAACAGAUGUUAUUGAAGCUGCUUAGAACGAAGAUGAGGGAGGAAAAAUGCACAAUGGAAGAAGAAGUGAAGGGGGUGGGGGGGAAGUCCUGGGCACCUUGUCUUCUGUUACAAGCAGAAGACGGGCCGCGGGCGAGGACGGAGAGGGAGAGGAGGGAAAAGAGACGGGUGGGCGAAAAACGGAUAGAGGAGAGAAAAUGCAAAAAAGGAAGUGAAGAGAAGAGUAAGAGGGGCGAGUUGAAGGGUAAGAUGGGAAAGAGGAAUAGGAAUUAGAGAGGGAGAGCGAACAGAAGAGAGAGAGGGAGGGAGAGAAAGAUAAUGGAUGGGAGGAGGAAUGAU